AUGGCCCAAACCGAAGAUGACUUCUUAAUAAGACCCAUCUCCACCGCACAGGACCCCAUUAUCACAAUCCACCCAACCCCGAAAUUCGUAAUCAAAUCCAAACUCACUCCCACAAACUCAAAACUAUUCAUCAACGUAUGUCAGGAUGCAAACGUCCCCUCACCAUCCAUCCCAUUCCAACCAAACGUAGUCUACCCGCUCAUAAUGCGCGAUGAAUGGGAAAUCCCCAUCUUGACAUCCCCCAUGAGACAAGACACAGAUAAGAAGGGUUCCCCGUGUCACGUUUGCGAUUGUAUAAUUAAUGAUCAAUGCAUGCAAUGGAUCGCUAAGGAUCUACAAUUGAGAGAGAUCUUGAUUGAAUGGUGCUUGGAGGCAGUGGAGUUGAGAGAGGCUGUCACCGUAGAUAGGGAUGCUGUUAAGUUGCCCAAAUUGACCUGUAAGGGGUCCUUGCCAUUGCCCGUCUUGGAAAUACCGAAGAGGGAAUUGGAGAGAGAUUUCAAAAGAGAUAUUGCAAGUAUUAUUGAGGAGAAUACGGUGGAUGAACCGGUGAAAGUUUUGCAAUUAAAGAGAACUCAAAAUGAUGAUCCAGACGAUACAUUGCCGCCAUUGUUCCCUCAAAGUGGGAAUGUGCAAGGACCAUUGAUUGAGGAAAUUGAUGUGGAUAUGGACGAUUUGAAAAUUACCAAGCAGGAACCCACGUCGUCGAGAACUAGUCCAUUAUUGAAAGAUCUACAUUUUGAAACAGUGAUGAGAAAGACUAACAACACCCAACGAUACAAACUGAGAAUCGACAUUACAUCGGAAAUUGAUUCAAGUUUGGAUUUACAUUUGGCAUACGAUAGAACAAAUAAUGAACUCAUUUUACAAAAUUUAAAUACAGUGGAAUUCAUUGAAAAGAAAAUAAAAAUACCAUUACCCAAUAUUUUCACAUAUGAAAACAUAAAACAAAGUGAAUGUUUCUUUAUCAAAAAACAGAAAAGACUAAUAAUCUUUAUAUAG